AUGUCGUCCAGAGUCACUCGUUCGGCAGCCAGACGAGCUGCAGAGCCCGCUGAAGCACCUCCUCCACCCGACGAUCGCCCCUCCAGGAAGCGAAAGGCUCCCGUGCAGCAAGACUCUAGCCCAACCCAAGAUCUCGCAGAGCCUGCUCAGCCUACCCCUCCUCGUCGUUCCAAGCGACAGAAAACUACAGCCAGUCCUUCUCAACCACAGCCAGAUCCCGAGCCUCGUUCAAAGCGUAGAACUCGCAGAUCCUCCGCUGCAGACACGGCAAUGUCUAACAAUGGAUCUUCAUCGAAGUACACUGAAGAACCUGCCAAAAUAGCCAGCUCAAAAUCUUCUAAGCGUGCUGCAUCGCGCACGAACAAGAAGUCGGCUACCGAUACAUCACCCUCAACGCAGACACCUCCUAUCCGCUCCAAGAAGAAGAAAGUGAACAAAAAAGAUCCGGAUCUCGCCAUGAAAUCGGACGACGAAGUGCCUUCGAAGCCGCCUUCUGGAGACGACGAGAGCCCUCCGCCGCCUCCUCGCGAUGAUGAUAGUAUCGAUGCAGGGAGUCCAGGUGCGGAUGACGAUGGUAUGGACCCUUUCACCUCGGCAUUGUUUGGCUCGGGGCAUGUGUCUAGUACUCUACGUGCUCUCAGUGGAAUGAUGAGCGGCAUGUCUUCACGAUUCAAGGACAUUCUGACCAGCUUGCGCCGGAACGAGAAUUCCACCAUGCAGCUGGUAGCGUUGGAAGAACUCUCCAAUCUCCUACUCGUCUCAAACGAGGACAAUCUCUCCGGCCACUUCUCUCCAGAUCCAUACAUCAAAGAGUUGGUCGCUUUGAUGCAACCCAACCCCAUCACUGGCGAGGAGAAUCCGGAGCUAAUGCUAUUGGCCUGCCGAUGCAUCGCCAAUCUGAUGGAAGCCAUGCGUGGCUCUGUUGCCAACGUUGUUUACGGUGGCGCUGUCCCUGUUCUAUGCCAGAAAUUGCUUGACAUCCAAUACAUCGAUGUAGCCGAGCAAGCUCUCAGCACGCUCUCCAAAAUCUCCGUCGACUUCCCUGCCUCUAUCGUUCGCGAGGGAGGUCUCACAGCCUGCCUGCAGUUCCUCGACUUCUUCGCGACUGGUACUCAACGCACCGCUGUCACAACUGCUGCCAAUUGCUGCCGAAACAUCCCUCACGACUCUUUCGCUGUCAUCAAAGAUGUGAUGCCGAUUCUCCAGAACGUCUUGGUCAGCCACGACCAGAAAGUGGUAGAGCAAGGCUGUCUUUGCGUGACACGAGUGAUCGACAGCUUCAAGCACAGCCCUGAUAAACUCGAGCAGCUAGUCGAGCCGGCUCUGCUGAAGGCUGUUCUGGGCCUGCUGCUGCCCGGUACGACCAACUUGAUUGGCGCCAAUAUCCACACCGAGUUCCUGCGCGUGCUUGCCAUUGUGGCUAGGGCGAGUCCGAAUCUGUCCGCCGAGCUGUUGAAGAUGAAGGUUGUCGAUACCCUCUAUCAAAUACUGACUGGCGUGUCGCCACCCAGUGAAACUUCUGAUGCGGCAUCCAAAAUCGACAGCGUUGUGAUCAUGCAGGCUCUGAUCCAUCGCCCGCGCGAGCAAGUCUACGAAACACUGAAUGUUAUCUGCGAGCUCCUGCCGCCCGCCAAAACGAAUGAGGAUUUGAACGAGCUCGGUCACACUGGGUUCGAUGAUGACACGUCUGAUGGCGGCUAUUCCGGCAACAAGCGUUCUUCAAGAGCUGCCAAGCGUUUGGAACUAUUAGAGAAUUGCAAAGAGGAGACACGACGAUUUGCCGUCAUUCUCAUGCCCACGCUCACUGAUGCUUACUCAAGCACUGUCAACUUGAGUGUGCGCCAAAAGGUGCUGAACGCUCAGCUGAAGAUGCUGUCCAACCUUGAAACCGCUGUCAUUGAGGAAGCGCUAAGACCUGUGCCAUAUGCCUCCUUCCUCGCAUCGAUCCUCUCGCAGGAGGACCAUCCUAGCCUCGUCAUGUAUGCCCUUCAAGCUUCCGAGCUUCUUUUCGACCGUUUGGAGUACAUCUAUCAGUAUCAAUUUCACCGCGAAGGAGUGAUUGGCGAGAUUCAGAAGCUCGCGGCGCGGGAGCCAGAGAUCGACCCCGAGAUUCUGUCUGCUAGAGCUUCCCCUGAAGCUGCAAAGAAGUCGGCUGACGAUGGUCUUGCCACCAAUGACACUGUUGACGAGAAGCAGGGCGAUGGCGCCGAUGAGCAAGAAGAUUCCGAGAAUGAGAGCGACGAUGACGAUGAGGGCCGCGCAGAAGACGAUGAGGCUGGCGAGAGAGAUUACGAUGAAAUUGGCGAUCCAGAUGAGGACGAGAUUGCCAUUCGAGAAGAUCACCACAUCGAUGAUGAUGACUCUGACUCCUCCGACGAUGAGCUGCCGUCACCCGUCAUCAUCGCCGGUAUCCAAGACCUGGUCAUCAUGCGUGCAAAGAAGUUUCUCGAGAAGUACGAUACCUCCAACGGCCGUGAGUUGAAAGAGAAGGCCAUCAAAAUCCGAGAAGACCUCCAAGCAUUGGCUACUCAAAUUCAGACCCACUACUCUGGAGUCAAAUCCACGUCAGGGUCGGACCUCUUCAGGCGCCUAGCUUCGUUUUUCGACGGCGAUGCACUGGAGAGUAUCACCAGCUCCGAGCUUCUUGAUUCCGGCAUCAUUCGUCUGCUGGUCGAUAUUCUAGGGAAGCCAAGUACGACUGCGGCCAAUCCUCGCGGCGAUUUCUUGGCUGCAUUCAUGGGUUCGGCCAGUCCAGCUAAGAUCAAGACCGCCACGGCCUCAACAUCGACUACCGCUUUGACUGUUCUAAUUCAGAAGCUACAGGACCUUCUCAGCCGCACUGAGCACUUCGAAGUCAUGACUGUCAACAACAACGCAUCUGAGAGUAGUCGGACGAGCUCCACUUCCAUGCUCUCCCGUCAGCUUCGUCUGCGGUUGACUGCUGAGCCAGACGGAGAUAUCCCGCCGAGCUACCGCGAGAUGAUUGUGUCUAUUCAUGCCAUUGCUACUUUCAAAGCUUUGGAUGAUUACCUGCGGCCACGUUUCAGUCUUCCUGAUAAGAGCACCCUCAAUCGACGUCGCGAGAUGCUGGCACAACUCGCCGACGCCCGUAUGGCUCAACUUUCGGGUGCCGCUGAGUCUGGCCUGUUCUCGCCUUUUGGGCAAGAGCUAGGAGGCAUUCCACUUGCUACUCCGCCUGAGUUGGCUCAGUCUUCACGUCCAUCAUCGCGAGCUAAGUCCAGCAGCCACGAGAAAUCACGAAAGGAGGCCAUCAAGUCCGAAGAGAAGAGCGAGCGGCGCCGAUCUCUUCGUCGCAACCAAGCCUCUACUGCUACAACUGCAGAUACCCGGCCUCCUGAGCCGAGUACCGAAGCGGAGGAUCCUAAACUGGAAGCCCCCGAUGAAAAGCAGAUUGAAGAUGAGACGGGCACGCCCGACCCUGGUGAUGAGACUCUCGAGGCUUUCGUCGAUGGAUUAGAUGAUGACAUGUCUGAUGACGAUGUGCCUGAACCCGCCGCUGUGAACAUGGAGGUCGCGUCCACUGGCAAAGUCACUGCCCGUCAAGAGGACGGUACGCGAGUUGCUACGCCACAGCCAGGGACGCCCAUCCCUGGUGCGUCACGUAACGAGUCAAGCGAUUCGCCUAGCCUCGCCAACCGCGCUCUUACUGCCUCUGGUCGCCCAUCUUAUGCAGCUGCACUGCAGUCAACUCCUCAAGACUGGCAUAUCGAGUUCAGCAUUGAUGGAAACGUUAUUCCAAACCACACCACCAUCUACCGAGCUGUCCACCAUAAUCGUGAUCCUACUAACGAUCCGACCUCGCGUGGCGUCUGGUCUGGUGUACAUACAGUCAAAUUCCGAAAGGUGAAGGGACCGCCGCCUUCAGCGUCGACUCUUGCGGCGAUGAACAAGGAGAAGAGCGGCAAGGAUGGCGAGCUAGCAGCUUCUCUCAAUGGUCACCCAGUCACAUCGUCGAUACUAUUGUUGCUUCGCAUCUUGCACGAGCUCAAUGCUAGCUUGGAUGACGUUCGCGAGACUCUUGGCCGGGCCGGACUUCAGCUAUACCCAGAGCCUCUGGCAUCCUUCAUUAACACCAAGCUGACGGCCAAAAUGAACCGCCAGCUCGAGGAGCCACUGAUUGUCGCGAGUAAUUGCUUGCCAGAUUGGGCCGAGGACCUCGCCCGGGGGUUUCCUUUCCUAUUCCCAUUCGAGACCCGUCACUUGUUCUUGCAAUCAACAUCUUUUGGCUACUCCCGCUCCAUCACUCGCUGGCAGAGCAACCAGAGCGAGAACGACGACCGGCGCGACCGCCGACGUGAUGAUAGACCGCUCAUGGGCCGUCCUCAGCGUCAGAAGGUGCGGAUCUCACGGAGCAAGAUCCUCGAAUCGGCCAUGAAGGUCAUGGAAAUGUAUGGUGCGUCUCCGAGUGUUUUGGAGGUUGAAUAUUUCCAAGAAGUCGGAACGGGAUUGGGGCCAACUCUUGAGUUCUACUCUACCGUUUCGAAAGAGUUUUCGAAGAAAAAGCUCAAGAUGUGGCGGGAAAACGAUUCUGCCAACACCGAGGACUUUGCGUUCGGUAGGAACGGUCUCUUCCCUGCGCCAAUGAGCGAGGCUGCUGCGAGCGCCGACAGCGGUAAAAAACUUCUACUCUUCUUCAAGAUGCUGGGCAAGUUUGUGGCCCGUUCGAUGAUCGAUUCUCGAAUCAUCGACAUUGCGUUCAGCCCGACGUUCUUCAAAGUCCCGGCCAAAUCGACCAUGUCGCUUUCGAUCGGCCUGCUUCGCACGAUUGACCAGGACUUGGCCAACUCAAUGGCUCAGCUGCAGCAGUUUGCCAAUGCCAGAGCGAACAUUGAAGCCGCGAAAUUGCCUGCGGCUCAGAAAGAACAGGCGCUGAGCGAGCUAUCGAUCAAGGGCGCACGGAUCGAGGAUUUGAUGCUCGACUUCACCUUGCCUGGGUACCCUUCGAUUGAGCUGGUCGAGGACGGAGCCGAUGUUUCAGUGACGAUGGACAAUGUUCAAGAUUACAUUGAUCGCGUGCUGAACAUGAGUCUUGGUCAAGGUGUGCGGCGCCAAAUCGAGGCCUUCCAGGCCGGCUUCUCGCAAGUCUUCUCUUUUUCGUCGCUGCAGGCCUUUACACCCAACGAGCUUGUCAUGCUCUUCGGCCGUGUGGAAGAAGACUGGUCAAUCGAAACACUGAUGGAUUCUGUCAAGGCCGAUCAUGGUUUCAACAUGGACAGCAAGAGCGUCAAGAACUUGCUCCAGACCAUGUCGGAGCUCACACAGGAGCAGCGUCGGGACUUCCUGCAGUUCGUUACUGGAAGUCCCAAGUUGCCAAUCGGGGGGUUCAAGAGUUUGACACCCAUGUUCACUGUCGUCUGCAAGCCCAGCGAGCCUCCUUACUCGUCUGACGAUUAUCUGCCAAGUGUCAUGACUUGCGUCAACUACUUGAAGUUGCCAGACUACAGUGACCAAGAGGUUUUGAAGAAGAGACUAGGUGUGGCAAUUAAGGAGGGACAGGGAGCUUUCCAUCUUUCGUAG